AUGGGGUACCGGGAGGGGCCGGGGAUGAGGGAACUGAGAUGGGAGUACCGGGGAUGGAGGCACGGGGAGCGGCUGGGGAUGAGGAAGAGGCUCCAUCCACGGCCUCCACCACACCGGACUCCACGGAGGGUGGCAACGAGGAGCCGGACUUCCCCGAGCUGCAGGCGGCACCAGCCCCCCGAGGAGGAAGAGGAGGAUGAAGAUGGGGCGACGGCGGCAUGGGGGGGACCCUGGGGACCCCACCAGGAACUCACCUUCUCCUACAUCGCCUUUAAGGGGGGGGGUCCCCCCAAUGAGCCGGGACCCCGCUGUCGCCGAGACUCCCGUCGAGGACGCCCUGCCCGCCUGAGCUCGGGGCCCCCCGGGGGGUCCCCCCGGGGGCCGGACCCCCGCUUGGCUGCCAGGGUCCCCCCCAAGCGUCCCGAGGAACCCCUGACCCCUCCCGAGGGACAGCUGGAGACCCCCCCCCCCAUCCCGGAGCCGCCCCCGGACCCCCCCGACCAAUCACCGAGCCUGCCGGGAGCCGAGGUCCUAGUGUGGGAGCUGCUGUACUGGCGGGCGCCGGGGUGGUCGGCGCUGGCGCUGGUGGGGGCGCUGGGCACCCUGGGGUGUCUGGCGCGGUUCAGCGCCAUCAGCGUGGGCGCCUACGGGGCGCUGGCCGUGCUGGGCAUCACCCUGCCCCUGCGCCUGCACCGCACCGCCCUGCGGGUGCUGCGCCGGCACCCACCCGAGCACCCCUGCCGGUGACUGGAGGGGGCCGUGGGGCUGAGCCCCGAGGAGCAGCAGCGCUGGGCCCGGCGCCUGGCCCGGCACCUCACCGCCGCCACCCGCACCCUCGCCCGCCUCUUCCUCGUCCACAGCCUCCCUGAGUCCCUCAAGUUCGCCUUCUUGUUCUACCUGCUGACCUACGUGGGGGCCGUCUGCAACGGGCUGACGCUGCUGGGAGUGGGCGUCAUCUGUGCGUUCACCUUCCCCGUGCUCUACCGGCACCACCAGGCCCAGAUCGACCAGUACAUGAUUCUGGUGAGGAACCACCUGAGUCACCUCCGUGCCAGGAUCCAGGCCAAGCUCCCAAGUGCCAAAGUGAAGCCGCAGUGACCCCCCCGU